AUGCUGGACCCGGGCACAAAGUCGCAGGUGUCCUACCUUCCGACCAUCCACAUCAUCAUCGGCGCAAACGAGAAGCGCCAGCUACGCUACCUUGUCAACUUUGUCCACAUGCUCCCGUCCUUCCUCAAGAUCAUCGAGCUCAAGCAGAAGAAGCCCAAUAGUAAUCUCGGUCGCUUUGGACCAAGAUAUUGGAGGUCGCUGCUUAAUAUUGUGUGGAAGGAAGAGGACCUGUGGGCUGAUGCGGCCGACAACGAGUACAGCGGGAAGGACUUAUCCCGGGAUCACUACGAGUACCUUCGGCAGAACCGCACCGAGCACCCAGCUUGGGGGAAACUGCCGUGCGGACACGAGGUCACAGAGGAACUCCUUGAAAAGGACGCGCUGCUGAGGACAGGCCUCCUCUUCGAGCUCAACAUGUGGCAACUCCUCCACUGGCUUCCCGAACUUGUCCAUCGCAACACGCUCAAGGCCGCGGGUAUCAAUAGGCUGAAGGAUGAGCAUGGGAUCCAUUACACGCCCGACUACACCGCUCCUGACCCGAACAACUCGAACAAGGUCCUGGGCGCCAUCAAGCGCGUCGCGCUCGGCGGCCAACUGAUCCGCUCGGACUUCUGGUUGGAACCAUGGUCCGCUGAGGCUGACACGCUGACGGAUCGCGGUCGAUGGCUCCAGGAGAUGGCGAGCUUCUUGUCGGGUGUCCAUGGUGCAGAGGGUCUUGAUGAGAGGAAGAGUGGCUCACGCGAUUGGCCGUACACGAGCGUGGCGCUCAGCAGGAUCAAGACGAAAGGGAUGACCGAGGCCAAGAUGGACAUCCUCGAGAACCAUCUGUACCUCCGCUAUGCACUUGCGUCAAUCGCGCGAGGGCGUAUGCCGGUUGAAUUCCAGAUCCUGCCAGACGGCGAUAUCUUGAGUUGCCAGGGGUGUCGGCUGCAGUACGUGAGGAAGCAUGGGGAUAUGAUGCAGCAGCUGGAUGAGCUGCCCGACGAGGGACCGGAGUACUGGUAG